AUGGAGAGGGGCAGGCCAGACUUGUUUGCGUCAGCCUGCGGUCAGCGACGACUCAGUUCUCUCGGAGGCUCCCUCGAGCGGGAGGAGCGAGCUUACGGCCCGCUCGCGGCUCCCGCCCCUGCCUGUCGCUCUGGACCUCCACGUGGCCCGUUCGUGCAGCCCUCUGCCUUCUCGCCCCUCCAUUCCAGCGUUUUGCGAUCCCCUGGCCGGACCCGAGUGGGCUCUGCCCGCUCGGAGGGGCAUUCACCUCACCUAGCCCGCAGUAUCCUAGGCCAAUGUUCUGAGGCUGUUUGCAUACCCACAGUGACGAGGACACUCUUUUACAAGGCAGCCACAACUCUCCAGGAUGUCCCUGUGUCCAAGUCCAAUUGCCUAGAGGAUACCUGCCCUCACAUAGCCCAGAAGUGA